AUGGGUUUAGUACUAGACGUGCUCUGGGACCACAGCGUGCAAGUGAGCCUAAUACAAACUCUCAAGCUGCAAGAAGACCCUUUUCCACGUCGCUCUCCUUACCAGAUGACCCCUGCUUCGACCUAUGACCCCAGCAUGGGCCUAAUAGAUAGUGCAUUUAAUGCCACCACUGCAGACACUUCCAACAACAGUGAUCAAGAGAGCGACAGCAAACAUGUCCGAGACGUGUCAGCGGACACCUUUCCCCUCCUCAACCAGGUGCUGUGGGAGGGAGACGGCCACAUUAAUAAAGAUAUGUUAUUGGGCCCGGGUAACAUUCUUCUCCUGCAUCCUACGUCUGGCAGCGUAGCAGGACAUUCCAUGACCCCGCAUUUGAGGCUCGCUGCCAAAGUUGUCGUACUGGAAUGGUCACGCUGGGAUGUUAAGGGCUGUGAAGGCAUCGUCAGGCAGGCAGAACUAGCAGCGAGAGGAAUGUACAUGUUGAGGAGCGUGGGCUGCUGGGACAAAAGUGGGCGUGGCCUAAAGCUGAGGAAGCCCCUCCUACCUGCCGUGACAGACCUGAAAGGAGCUGAAGUGACGGUUGUUAUUGUCAAGGACUUCAUCGAAGCCAUCCGCGUGGGUCCGAGGCGCUCAUACCUGGUCGGUUUCCUGGGUCAUGUCGUGAACACGCUCGCUGCUUCGGCCAACUUCCGCUACGCCAUUAUGGAAGGCUCUGGAUUCGGGAAUGUGGUGGCGAAUGGGUCCUACGACGGCGUGGUCGGCCACAUCGAGAGAAAAGAAGGUGACCUCGGACUGGCUUCCCUGAGCAUCACCUACCACCGCCUGCUGAGCAUCGACUACACGACAUGGACUAUGUUUGACCCCAUGAUCUUUCUCACGAGAGCACCCAGCAUUAUCAACGACCCUCUCAUUCUGUUUAAGCUGUACACGUGGCAGUCCAUCCGUAUAAUUAAUAAGCGCGAAAGCUCGUCAUUGGCUGGAUUUGCUUCUAUUUUAUUCCUUGUAUUACGUACUGCAGUAUAUCAAGGAUCACGCCAGCCUCCGACCAGCUCUCCAGGACGAGUGGUGUACGUGUGCAUUUGGGCGGUGGUGAUCAUUCUGUUUGCAAUCUACAGCGGGAAUCUCACGGCAUUCCUCUCCAAGCCGAGGGUUACUAAGCCCCCUGCCACGAUAAGGGAGCUGGUUCUGCGCGACUGGACCAUCUCUCUCGACAAGGCUUACGGAGCGCACGACAUCGUCAAGGCGACGAAAACAGAGGACUAUCAGAUUCUGUACCAAAGGGCGAAUGAGCGCGGCGCCAUUAGGGAGAACGAGGGAGCUCAGGGAGAAAGUCGCACAGACGUCUCCGAGUUGGAAAAUGAAGAUAUUGCGAUUGUCAUGGGAGCAACGGGCGCCUACUACAUGAUGAACAAAAACAAAGCAGAGGACCGGCGCUGCAGACUCACGUACGGCACGGAAGCGAUCGCCAAGAAAUUCUCCGCUCUGGCCCUUCCCAAGAUGUCACUGUUGAAGCCGAUAUUUGACCGGAAGAUAAUGUGGAUGCGACAAAUGGGUGUCGUUGGGAAACUCUAUGAUAGUUCCUUCGGCGUUAAGUGUUUUCGCGAAGAUUUGAAUUCUGGCAAACUGAAGCCCAUGGCACUUGGACAGCUGAUCGGUGUCCUCUACAUGUGGCUCGGUGGAAUGAUCGUGGCUUCGUUGGUGUUCGUGUUUGAGGUCUAUUUGCCCAAGCGCUGA